AUGGGAAGAGGACCAGUGUGUGCUGUAGAUGGAUCACUUCAGAAGUGUCAUCAAGCUCAACCAUUUGUUCCUGCCUUUCUUUAUAUUCAUCCUGAUGCCAUCUGCGACAAAGCAACUCAUUUCGGCAUUCCCACUUUGCUUUUUCGAUGGGAAGUGAAGACUGUCAAGAUCUCCGACACUCGUUCGCUUACCGAAUUGGUUCUUUAUUCUUGCUGGUCCUGUUAUACCCGUGGUGGGCAAGGAUGUACUGUUCAGGGGAAGAUAAUAUCCGAAACCUCAGAUGAAAACGUAUCCCAACUCGACUUCUCAGAGUUUGCUGAUAAUGGCGAUUCGAAUGGUCCUACUCUCUUCCCUCAAGAACAACCUGAAGUCGAUAAUACUUCUGACAACGAACUCGAAUCGGAAGAAAACACUUCUCCUAUUGGUUCUUUUAAACGUCCUGCAUCUCCGCCAUCUUCUGCAGGCGCUUUCAAGAAGAUUCGAGUGGAUUCUGAAACUGUAUUAUUGCUACCUGCAACUCCUACCCCUGCCUCAAGUCCAACAUUUCUUCUGCGGACAAGACACUUGUCCCUCUGGGAAAGAAAGGUAGAGACUACUUUGCCAACCUCAAGAAGAAGCGAACGCCUCCUCCUCCCCAGAAGUGAACACCAUGGAUUUGCUUGA